AUGCCGAAGCAGGUUCACAUGAACGACAACGUUGAAGCCAUCGGCGAGAAGCACGACGUCCAGCACCUCACCGGUGACUUCGACUCGGCUCUCGCCCCCGUCGGCACCCGUGGCACCGACACUGAGAAGGGCAGUAUUGCCUCACACGGCGCCGAGGGAGAUGAGCACCGCGCCCAGCUUCGCCGCGCCGAGCGCCGCCUCAUUUGGAAGCUUGACUUUGCCAUCCUUCCGUUCGCCGUCCUGCUCUACCUUUCGGCCUAUCUUGACCGUGGUAACCUCGGUAACGCCAAGCUUGCUGGCUUGCUGAAGGACGCCCUCGACAACUCGGACACCAACUACAGUAUCGCCCUCUGCUGUUUCUACAUUACCUACAUUAUCCUCUCGAUUCCCGGUACCUUGCUCGCCAAGCAGAUUGACCCUUCCAAGUCGAUCGCCUGCGGUGCCCUCAUCUGGUCGAUUGCCGCAACAUGCCAGGCUGCCGUCCAGAACCGUGCCGGCGUCUUUGUCUGCCGUCUGUUUGUUGGUGUUGGUGAGGCCUUCUUCGGCCAGGCCAUGGCUCUUUACCUCACCUACUUUUACACCAAGCACGACCUUGCCAAGCGCAUUGGUUUCUUCAUCAGUGCCGGUGCCGUGUCGGGCGCCUUUGGUGGCCUCAUUUCGUUUGGCGUGACUUCCAUCAAGCACCCCAAGAUUGACAACUGGCGUGUCCUCUUCCUCAUCGAGGGUAUCCCUUCGCUCGUUCUUGCCAUCUGCGUUUUCCUCUUCAUGCCCUCGCGCCCCGAGUCGACACGCCUCCUUAACGAAGACGAGCGCACCCUGUGCCUCACCCGCCUCAACGCCCAGAACCUCCAGGAGUCCACUGUCGGCAUUGACUGGAGGGGUGUCCGUCGCUGCCUUACCGACUGGAAGACGUACUACGUCAGCAUCAUGUACAGUUGCAUGAACCUCACUCUCGGCUCCGUCAGUGGUUUCCUGCCCACCAUUAUCAAGGGCUUUGGCUUCACCAACGCUCGCGCUCAGCUCAUGACUGUCCCUCCCUAUGUCGUCGCUCUCGCUGUCAUGCUCAUCGUCACCAACAUCUCCGACAGGCGCCAGAGCCGUGGUAUCCCCGCCAUGGGCAUCUUUGCUCUCGGCAUCGUCGGCUGGGCCGUCCUCCUCACUGUCCCCGCCUCGGGCGCCACACACGCCCAGUUCUCCGGUCGCUACUUUGCGUGCAUCUGCAUCGUCGUCAGCGGUUACUGCAACAUCCCCAUCAUCAUGGCCUGGCAGUCGGCCAACACCGGUAACCAGAGCCAGCGUGCCACUUCGCUUGGCAUGCUCAACGCGAUCGGCCAGUGUCUCUCCAUCCUCGCCUCGUUCCUCUUCCCCAGCGUCGAGGGCCCCAAGUUCACCAAGGGCUGCACUGUCAACCUUGCGUUCCAGUGCCUCGGCCUCAUUCUCGCCUGCCUCAUCUCUUUCUGGUACCGUUGGGAGAACAGGCGCCGCGACAAGGUCGAGGGUGGCCCCCCCGCCAAGGGCACCCCGCUCGACGUCAUCGAGCAGCACGACCUCGCCCCCGGCUUCCGCUACGUUCCCUAA